AGAGACAGGCACCAAGACUUAACUGAGACAGGCAGCUUUGGUGAGACACACUGAGGCCCAAAGGGAUAUACACCAAGACAGACAACUCUGGAGAGACAGUGAGACCCACAGAGAGAUACAAUGACAUAGACAGCUCUGGAGAGACAUACUGAGACCCACAGAGAGAUACAUUGAGAUAUACACCUCUGGAGAGACAUACAGAGACCCCCAGAGAUAGACACUGGAAUUUACAGCUCCAAAGAAACAUACAGAGAUAUACACUGAGACAUGCAGCUCUGGAGAGUGAGAUUGAGACAUACAAUAAGAAUACAAUGAGAUAGACAGCCUUGGAUUUCUGCUGAGACUCACAGAGAUAUAGUAGACACCAAGCAUUGGGGAUAUAUUUACUGAGACCCACAGAUAUAUACACCAAGACACACAGAACUGAAGAGACAUAGGCUGAGAUAUGAAUAAGACAUAGAAUAAGAUAGACAGCCUCAAAUAGAAAUAGAUAGCUACUAAGACUCCCAGAGAGAUACAGCCUCCUUGUACUUGUAUUGUGAUUACACAACCCUGAAGAGACAUACCAGCACAUGCAAUGAGACAGCCUUGGACAUACUGUGUCCUACAGAGUGACAUAGACAGAGCAGACAGACAAAUACACCUGAGACACACAACUCAGGAGAGACUUAUACUGGGACACACAGACAAGGAGAGACUCCCAGUGUGGACAGGUUAAAGCAACAUAUACUAAACAUUUAGGCUGUUAGAGACAUACAAUGUGGGGAUUAUACAGGGUGGGAAACAGGGCGAUUGAGCAAAACGUUUAACUUGAUGGACGAGUGUCUUUUGUUAACCCUGACUACUGUGUAAUAGACAGCUUAGGAGAGAGGGUGACACACAGUGUGGGCACAACAAAGACAUACAGAGUGGGAGCGACAGAGACAUAUAGUUUAGGAGACCUACAAUGAAUAAUAAAGCUCUCUAUCCAGCCUGGGAGAGAUAAAUGAACUGUUUGCUUCAUUGCCUUCAGGUUGGGUGAGAGCUGUUGAGACAUCCACUGUGACACUGGGAGAGAUACUGUAGCACAUGGAGAUGAUGUAGGGUAGAGCACAGAGACAGAGAGACACCCUGAGAGAGUAGAACAGAGACAUCAGUCUGGGAGAGGCCGACAGAUCAGCCCUAGAUACAAGAGUGAGCCAACGUGAGACAGAGCCAGCAACCGACAGAGCCAAUGUGAGGCAGAGACAGAGCUAACGUGAGACAGAGUCAGCAAGAGACAUAUACAAAGAAAUGCUGGGGUGGUGGCAGCGGGGGGAGACACAAAGCAGGUGCCAGGAGACACCCAGUGACGGGGGGAGGCUACCCAUUUGCACCAAAUAGACAGCAAGCACAAUCCUUAGAGAUUCCAGACAUUGCUAGAGUGACAGACAGACUGGAGGCAGUUGACUCCAUGAUGGAGGACACAGAAUCUUCCGGUUUGCACUCUUCGUACGACUCCAUUACGUCUGUGGGCAGCGGCUCAUCCAGCAAUCGGGAGGACACCGACUAUGUGGACUUUGACAUCUUCUUUUCAGAUGAUAUGGAGGAAGGGAGAAAAGACGAGGAGGAUUAUGGGAAAGUGACAAUGAUUCCAAACUCCCGAAUGAGCAGCGCCGACCACCCGGUCUUGAUACGGCUGGAGAAUGAGUACCAAGCUCGGCGGUCUCUCUGGCAGCAGAGGUCUGGGCAGUACCCUGAGGAGAUAGUGGGGAGGAUCUCGUGUCCCAGUCAAAACAACCCCACAAGCCGUCACACGCCAGUUGGCAGCACGAGGCAGUUGCCACAACAGAAACUCUUUGUCUGCUCAGAGGAGGCCAAUAUAGAGGCCCCACAUGGACUCAAAAGGCAAUGGAAAAGAGAGGCGGAAAUGUCAUCUGACUGGUGGCAGGAAAAUAAUGUGCCAAUGACAGAAGGGGACAAGAUAUUUGCACAGAAGUGUCGGGAACUUCAGGGAUUUAUAAAACCUCUGACAAAUCUUCUAAACGGACUUAAAAAAGGACGUUAUGAUAAAGGCCUGAGCAGCUUCCAGCAGAGUGUGGCUAUGGAUCGAAUACAGAGGAUCGUGGGGGUUCUGCAGAAGCCACAAAUGGGGGAGCGGUAUUUGGCCACGUUGCUACAGGUGGAAAUGAUGCUCAAGAUUUGGUUUCCAGGUGUCACCAGCUCUUCCUCUUCAUCGUCCUCCUCUUCAGACUUCGACAUGGAGGAACCUCUGUAUAAGAUGGCCAAGCAUCCUGAUGCCAGCAGUGGAGCAGCAAGCAGCUGCCAAUCAAAGGAGUUCCCUUCUCCAAGCAAUACGUAUGUAGCAAAGCCAGCAGGGAACCCAGCGGCCUCUCAUUUGGACUCAAAUUUCACCUGCUGCAAAGAAAGGGGUCAGGUGGUGGGGGAGUUGCCUACAAUGAACUUGUCCUGGAUGCACACCGCUCCUAUCUGCAACCCUUCCCUCAGUCAGGCCGACCUUCAUCAUCUCAACAGCGCCUUGGGCCAGAACGUUUUUGGACCCAACGCUAACAACUAUGGCAUUAUCUUAUUUCUGCAUAAUGACUUGGCCACUUCCUCUCCGUUGCCCCGAUCUAAUUCGGCGGUGCUGGAAGAGAAGCUGGCAUCUGUAAUUAGUCAACAUCUAGGGGGAGAGGAGACCAGAGUAGAGAGACCUCUACGGUGCAAAAGUGCUCCCACCGUGGCACCCUUUUCUGUUCGGCCCGGCCUGGUAGACCACUCGUAGUCACGUGCUCCUUUAUUUGCACUCACAGAACUGCUGAGGAGAACUCUUCAAUGGCACAGGAGCAUAUCAGUAAGAACUUCUCCCUGUUUGUCCUGCUUCGGCCUUGGAAACAGGCACCUGUUUGAAGAGAGAAGGAGCCGGAGCAUCAUGGAUCACCCCCUUGCCAAGAAGAGUGAAUGAGACGACAGACGCAAAUGUUAAAGAAACCAAAAGCAUUAUUAUAUUGGGCUUCCCUCCUGCUGCCAAAGCCAUAUAUGAUGGUGGUGGCACCUGGACCUUUCAGUAGGAAAGUGCAACCUGUGACCCUUCAGCUGUUCAAGUUCAAGAGGGGCCUCUUUAAAAACAACUCCCACAACUGCUGACACUUCUUUUUUUAUUGGUGGGGCAGGAGGUUAUACUUUAACAACAACACAUGGCCGAGCCAAGUUAGCAAAAAGCAGAGCACCAAGCCGCCCUCAUCCCGCACACACACACACCUGCACUUGGUCUAUUCGAAUGGGCUUCAGAGGGGGGAGGCAGUAGUUCUGUGCGGGCCAGGAGGGGGGAGGCAGGACUUGGUAUGGCCGACCUCUUCAGGAACUAGGGGCAGCCAGGGAGAAGAGGUACAUGCUUGGUGCCCUUUAACUUUGCGCCUUAGGUACAUGCCUUGUCUGUCUACUCCUAGUUGCAUCCCUGGUGCCACAACUUGGGCAGCAUAGAUACAGUGUUACUGCCUCCGCCCUAUCCUCAUACCCUGCGUUCCCACAAUGCCAAGCCAGAGGCUCAUCUCCCCAUUGCUAUAAUGACAAUAUCUGUGCAAUAAAGAGAUCAAAUCAUCAUGCAUUGUGUCCACCUUCCCCCAGCUCAUUGUGAUUCCCAUUAUUAGAGAUGUCCGGCACCGUUGUGCCUUCUAGGCUUCUUUGCCAGCCGCCUCACAUUCAUUUGCCCUUUCACUGGGUACCCCCCCCCCCAAAAAAGAUACAUAUUGCCAUUACACAUUGUAGGCUUGGAGCCCACAGUUAAAGAUAUUUUACUUUGCACUUGAUGGUCCUACAGGCAUGUAUGAAUGAUUAAACCCUGCCAAGGUUGCGGGUGCCUUCAAGAGGCCCUUCAGAUAAAGACUAAACAUUCAGUUGCUCCACACAGAUCAUCCUCUCGGUUUGAAGACUUUACUACAGUGUCAAGUUUUGUACUUUACAAAGGAGCAUCUUAAUGAUAUUUAUUGUUAUUUCAUGAGCUUCACAUCUGAUUUGUUGCAAUUCUGUGGUUCUCCUGGUUCAUGCCGUAGUAACUCUGUACCCUUGCAUUAGCCAGCAGAAUUGGGCUUCGUACAAGCUAUGAGCAAACUUUGGAUGAGGUUCUCGCUGAAUUGUGCUUAGCUUGAGUAACCCAAGGGAGUCCUACCAGCUAUGGAGAAUGUACCGGCUUUACUGUCAAACCACACCCCACUUGGCUUUGGGGGUUAUAUAUAUAUAUAUAUAUAUAUAUAUAUAUAGUAGGAACCUUGUGGGAAUCUGAGCCAAUGACACCUUCAUGCACACUAGAAGGAAGGUGUAUUUAGUAUUAUUUAUAAGAGACAAAUCCAGAGAGAAAGGGUUAUGCUGACCUUCAAUUAGAAAGCAUGCCAUCUUACACAUACGUUUCAAAAAAAGAAGAAAACUGUACAUUUCUGCAUAUCGAGGCCUCUCAAUUUUCAAUUCUGCGAUAGUUCCCCUUUAACAAGUGAUAUAGCGAUUCUUUAUAUAUCGCUUGUGAGCAAAGCCCUUCCAGUGGAGCUUAUCCAUUAAAUAAAAAGUAAACCCUUGUUUCUCCCGUUGUACAGACUGUAUCAUCGAGAAUAACCCAGGCCAAGGACGGGAGGGAAAGGGAACAAAUUGCACUAUGCACUUAGAAUAUCUAUGCAUUUUUUUUCUACUAUGCGAAUAGUAUGGACUUUAUUCUAAGUGCAAUAAAAUGGGCAAGCAUUUAAGAGUUAAAGCCAUUCAAUGAGUGUGAUGUUACCGCUAUCAUUUGUAAUAAAGGAGACUCCAUUGUUUACAACCA